CUUCAUGGCUCUGCUUUGUAUGGACGUGGUGGGGGAUUUUUGACAGCGGCAGCGCUGUGGGGAAACAAACAAGGACGUGCUUGGGGUCGGGGGACUAUUUUUUCCCUCCUCGCUCCUCUCUCAAUCUUGCACCGACCUUUUCCCGUACCGGCAACAUUUCGGACGAUAUGGUGGCUUCGGACUGGGCAGUCUAUUAUAAGUCUGAUGAUUGAGAGUGCCGACUGCCCGCUCUUCCACCACGAUGGUCGACAUGGAGAGCCACUACCACCCCCCUUCACCCCUGGAGGACUCUGUGCUGGGCAGCCCCCUGUGCACCGAUGACGACUUCAUUGGCGGCAUGGAGGAGCUACAGGACAUCUCCCAGUCCAUGGACAGCAGCGCCCUCAGCUCACUUGAUGUCCCAGAAUACCAGUACUCCAGCAAUGGCUCCGAAGGCUCCACUGUCCUAGAUGCCCUGACCCCAGCAUCCAGCCCAUCAUCAGUUAUUUACGGGGUGGCAGCAGGCCAGGAGGACUUCACAUCUUCCAGCUCAUCGCUCAAUCUGGAGUGUCGAGUGUGUGCUGACCGUGCCUCGGGCUAUCACUAUGGAGUCCACGCCUGUGAAGGCUGCAAGGGUUUUUUUCGGAGGACAAUCCGUCUGAAGCUGGAGUAUGACAAGUGUGAGCGCCGAUGCAAGAUCCAAAAGAAGAACCGCAACAAGUGCCAAUACUGCCGCUUCCAGAAGUGCCUGUCAGUGGGCAUGUCCCACAACGCCAUCCGUUUUGGUCGGAUGCCCCAGUCGGAGAAGCUGAAGCUGAAGGCGGAGAUGGUGACGGGGGACAGGGAGGUGGAAGACCCCCAGAUAGCUGACCAGAAGACGCUGGCCAGGCAGAUUUAUGAGGCCUACCUCAAGAACUUCAACAUGAACAAGGCUAAGGCUCGAACCAUUCUUACCGGGAAGACCAGCACCCCUCCUUUCGUCAUCCAUGACAUGGACACUCUACAGCUGGCAGAGCAGACGCUGGUGGCCAAGAUGGUCGGCUCCGCGGGAGUGCUGAAGGACAGGGAGGCAGAAGUACGGAUUUUCCACUGCUGCCAAUGCACUUCGGUGGAAACGGUCACCGAGCUCACAGAAUUUGCAAAGUCCGUCCCCGGGUUCUCGAGCCUGGACCUCAAUGAUCAGGUGACUCUUUUGAAAUAUGGCGUGUAUGAGGCCCUCUUUGCUCUGCUGGCCUCCUGUAUGAACAAGGACGGACUUCUUGUAGCGUACGGCUCAGGCUUCAUCACCCGGGAGUUUCUCAAGAGCCUGCGGAGGCCGUUCAGCGACAUGAUGGAGCCAAAGUUCCAGUUUGCCAUGAAGUUUAACGCCCUGGAGCUGGAUGACAGUGACUUGGCUCUGUUUGUGGCUGCUAUCAUCUGCUGUGGAGACCGACCAGGCCUGGUGAACGUGGGGCACAUCGAGCGAAUGCAGGAGAGCAUUGUGCAGGUGCUACAGCUCCAUCUUCUGGCCAAUCACCCCGACGACACUUUCCUCUUCCCCAGGCUGCUGCAGAAACUGGCUGACCUCCGGCAGUUAGUCACAGAGCAUGCGCAGCUGGUGCAGGAGAUCAAAAAGACAGAAGACACCUCACUGCACCCACUCCUGCAGGAAAUAUACAGAGACAUGUACUGAGGAUUGUGGAGGAGUAACCAGGAGAGGCACUCUACGAACCAUCUCCUUUUUCAGGGACAGGAGAAGAAGAAGAGUCCUCCAUAAGCUAGGGUUGUACCACUUAAACCUCCCAACCCCCCAAUGCAGCAAGAGUUAGCUUUGGCUUCUGUCAGCACAAGAGGUCCUAUUUAAGCCCAGGCAAAAGGCUGGUGGCUCUCUUGGUUUGACGCAGUGAUUUCCACUCCAUUGUGUGGACUUUGAGAUGUGAUAUACAGCUGAUUGAGCCUCCAUCUAGACACCAGUGUAUGUAAUCUCUGGUAAAACUCUUGGACAAAAAUACUAAAUGCUACUUUCAAUUCGAAGUCUUUUAGGUGACCUCCAUGGUUCUUCCUACACUGACCCGAAAAAAGCCCUAAAAUGAGGAAAGACAGUGAACUUGAUAGUCGCCACUCCAGCAGUAUGUUUGAUAGAUUUUUAUACUGAUGUCAAAGAGCAAAGAGCCAUAUUCCCUCACAGUUCUCAGCACCCAAGUGACUUCAGUGGCAGCAGCAACAUAAAGACAGCAAUGAUACCGUUUUCACGCAAGGCAGCUUCUGUCAAAUUGGCUAUCAACAAAGGGUGGUUAUGGUUAGCUAUGCACCAGCCCUCUAGCAUGUUUCUUCACCUUUCUAUACCCAGAGACACAACUGUGGUGUCACUAAGCUCUUGAACAUAAUCAUUUAUUUGUACUGUAAGUCAAGCCAUACUUUUAAACUUUGUUUAUAUUGAUCGUUAAUUCUGGGAAUUAUCGUUGUGUGUCAUAUUUUUCCUCUUGCUAACAAGAUAGCAUGAAGACUUGGUAUUGAUUAUCAUUACAAAUGACUCAAGUUGCUUCAACAAAUGUCCACAAACUACAUAGGCAAUAUUAUUUUUUACACUUCACAGUAAGGUAGCAAAAUCUUACGAAAUUUGAAGUUGUUCAAGACUGAAAUGACACACAGGCACAGAUUCACUGUGUAAACGCACCACAAUGCACAUCUGAAGCACAAAACAUGCCUGUGAAAUGUAAUACAAUACUAUUUUAUACUGGACCUCCGUUCACUGCCUUCUUCACAAAACACAUGCACAGACGUUUGGCACUCCAUCCUGUUAUGUGUUGUGGUAUUUCAAGGGCUAACACCAAGAUAAACCGCAUUACAACCUUAAAUACCAGCACACUCAAAGCUGAUUUGUUAUAAAUCAUUCAUCUGUUCCUUAAUUUCUCACUCAGUGAAACCCUCCUUAAAGUUAGAUCUCAUUAAUUACUGUUAACAUAUGCCGUUGAUUCAGAUUCAGGGGUCUUUUGUACACAUUUUUAUAUAUGACGGUAAAUGAAAAGCAUUAAUCUACCUUAUUUCUUUGAGAAAAAUCAAAAUGUUAUGGAACAAUAGAUCAAACUAUAUAGAUCAUACACUUGUCUUUUUGAGUGAAAAUGGGUCUGUGUUGUUCUUGCAGUUGGCUGGUCAUUUUUUGUAAGCUAAAUCAAAAGAUACCGGCAUCUACCCACGUUUAUGGGCUCCGGUGAGAAAAACAAAGCUAGUGCAAUGUCACAAGGCAUUUUUCUGAAUAAGACAAGUGUCCGGUGAUGGAUAAAGACAAUGAUUUUCCACAAGACUAGGAUUUUUUUUUGUCUGAUAUAACUACGUAUGUAAAAAGGCCAAUCCUGGAUUUUGUUAUGAUACUUCCCCUUGUAAAUGAACAUGCUUGAAAGAAGACCUGCAGUACAGGAAAUGGUGAAACGUGCAUGUGUGAUAGUUUGAAAAAAUAUAUAUCUGAAUCUGUAAGAGAAUGCUCCCCCCCCCCCCCCCACCCCAAUAUCUGCUUAUCCUACCAAAAUCUCCUAAAAUCAUCAUGAAUUUAUUGAAAUUCAGUCACCUGAAAUGGACCUCGUCUUUAGAAUUAUGUCACGUUGUAUAGACAGAACGCACUGUACAUAGAUGAAAUCUCACACCGACUGCUCGCCCCAACUUUUAACUCUUGAGGUAUACAAGGUACUAAUGAUGAUCAACUUUUGUAUUCCUCUGUUUGGUAAAUACUUUUAAAUGUUUGAAAUUGUACAGUAAAUGUAGUUAUGUACUGUAUGUUCUUUUUUUGCUUAAAUGCCACAUAAUUGUGUUUUGAUUGAAUUGGAUCAUAUUUUUAUACUAAAGUAUAUAUGUAUGACUAAAUCUGAUAAUUGUUUUUUUGAAAUGGCACGACUGAAGAGUGCAGUGUAAAUAGACUUAAGGGUAACAGGGCAACUGGUAAUCUGAAUAUCCAUAGAUCUGAAUCCCAUUGGGGACAUUCCUUGUGUUAUUUUUUAGAUAGACAACCAUCAUGGCUGCAAUAUGCAUUCAGUUCCUUUCAACUGAACUUCAUGUGUGUUAAAUCAAGCGCUUAUGAUUUAAACUGAUGGCCUAUGUGCACUUUGCAGGGCUGCACGGGCUCACGACUUUGCGGUAGUUGAUUAAAACUUGACCUCCAUGACCUUUUGGAUACAAUGAAAACUACAGCUCAGCUACAGAUCAUACAAUACUGAUCUUCUCUUUUAUACACUGUUGUCAGGUUGCACAUAAAGAAACAAAUGGGGUAAUAUAUGCACAGGAUUUCAUCAUCACUAUCAGAAAUGCUCCAUAGUUCCCUCCUCAUGUUGAACAAACCAACCUGUUUUGUUUUAUUUUUUUUGAUACAUCACAUCUCUGUUGGUGAAACAGAGAAACUGAAUGCACUCAUAAUUUGCCAUUUUAUCACCCGCUAUAACAGUAAAGAAGAUGCAGUAAGGAAAAUGCAGUAUAUAUUGUUUUGUAAUCCUGUUUUUGUCACACUUUUUUGUCUGACUUUUCUCUCCUCACUCGCUGCUAUAUUGUACUAUCUCACCAAACAUGUUUUUAUGCCAUGAGUAGAUUACUGACCUUUAAGCUGCCUCUUACUUAUAUAUCUUCACACAGAAUGUCAGUCCCACACGCAGAAUUCAUUCAACGCAGCUCAGUUUUUUUUCCCUUUGCAAAUUCCUGGAGAUCUCGGAGAUCCCAGGUAUGCUUGGGGAUUAUAACCACAAAUAAUCUGUGCCUUAGCGUGUGCCCAUGCCAUAAAACACUUGAGAUUCAGAUUAAGACUUGACUUGUGCACACACACACUUUUAGAAUUAUACACUGUUUGGUGUCUGCAGCUAGAAUUAGCUGUUUCUGACACAAUCGGGCAACGCAGACAGGAAAUCAUGUCACAACAGAUUUAGGGUAUCUAUCCUGUGUAAACGACAAAAAGACAGAGGCUCAAAAGUGCUAUUGACAUUUUACCGUACAAGACCGUAACAAUGAAGGACUAGCUUUAAAAAAAAGAACAACAAGAGGAAAACAAAAUGAUUGAAAUGCUACAACCUGGCCCAAGAGGAGAAGUCAUGUAAAUUUGUGAUGUCUGCUUACCCUUAGGAAUGUCUGUUUUGUGUUGAAUUGACAAGGGACUUUUUAACUUGUAUCAGGGAAACCUAGUCUUCCUUUGUUGAACUAGCUCAGGACAUAGAAAGGUACUCUUCUUCCUUUUCUAUCUCUGUCUCUUUUCUCCGUCUUCUUUUUUCUCUCUGGAACGAGUUCAUAGUUUUCUGCCUUACAGCACACAAACACCAACAACAAUAUUGAUUAAUAUGACCUUUUAUUUUAUUUUUAUUUUGUCCAAAACUGACAGAAAAAUGUUACCAGGGGGCAGUAGUAAUAGGAAUUAGAUAUUUGAUUUGUUUUUUUUUUUGUUUUUGUUUUUUUUUUUUCCUCCUGGAUUUCACGGAGUUUGUUUUUGUGGCUAUGGUGUCAUGCAAAGAGACAACAGAGACUGUCUUUGGAUGUGAUGUUAUUGUGUACUGUGGCUUGGUAACAAUACUGUAAAUGUUUGAUGAAUGUAUAUCUAGUCAUUUAAACAAUGAAACAAGUUGACAUUGA